AUGGUCUGGUCAAAUCAGACUGGGAUAAAAGAAUUCAAUCUUUUGGGGUUUUCCAACCUAGGCCAGCUCCAGACUCUCCUCUUUGUUGUGUUUUUUCUUAUCUACAUGGCGACUCUGAUGGGAAACACCCUUAUCAUCUUGAUAACAAGAAUAGACACUGCCUUGCACAGUCCUAUGUACUUCUUUCUCCAAAAUCUGGCUUUUGCAGAAGUUGGCUUCAUAACACUAAUUGUCCCCAAAAUGCUUGUGAACCUUCUUGUAGAGAAAAAGACCAUUUCCUGGUCAGGAUGCAGGUUACAGAUUUUUGGUGUUGUCUACUUUGUUACCAUGGAGUGUUUCCUAUUCAUUGCCAUGGCUUAUGACCGGUUUGUGGCCAUAUGCAAUCCUCUAAGGUACACUGUCAUAAUGAAUAGGAAGUUCUGUAUGCUUCUGGUAAUUGCAGUGUGGGCCUCAGGAUUUCCUGUUGGGACACUACAGGUUACAUGGCUGUUUAGUUUCCCAUUCUGUGGGUCCCUUACAGUUCCCCAUUUCUUUUGUGAUGGUCCACCAAUUCUACACUUGGUCUGUGCAGACACUUCCAACUUUGAACUAUAUUCUCUCAUAGGUACUCUUCUAAUUAUACUGUGUCCUUUCUUACUGCUUCUGGGCUCUUAUACCCAUAUUAUCAACACCAUCUUCAGAAUGCCUUCGGCUGAGGGGAGACGGAAAGCCUUCUCCACUUGCUCUUCACAUAUGAUUGUAGUGACUCUGUUUUAUGGCUCAACCAGUCUGACUCACUUCCGACCUAAAUCAAGCUAUUCCCCAGGAACCAGACAGUUGCUUUCUCUCUCCUACACUGUUUUCACACCCAUGCUGAACCCUCUUAUCUAUAGCUUGAGGAACAAGGAAAUGAGGGCUGCCUUGAAUCGGUUGCUGAGUCAGAAAAGGAAAUGUAUUGGGGUGUCCAAGAGCUUUCAAAUCUCAAAACCUUAA